AUGGCACCGAACACAGAACGCCAGGUCAGCUUUCCAAAUCUGCCGUACCCCCAUUUGCGGGAUGACCUACCGAAAACCGCGCACCAAUGGAUCGAUGGUAAACGGGAGCAGGAUGGCGCUGAAGGCCUCUGGAGAAUCCAUGAUGGUUUAUACGAUUUCACAGACUUCGUCCAAUCACAUCCCGGGGGCGCACAAUGGCUUGAAUGCACUAAGGGCACUGACAUAACAGAGCAAUUCAUAACACAUCACUUAAGCGGGAACGCCGAACCAAUCAUUCCGAAAUAUUUCGUUCGAAAAACGAAGCAGCCGAGAAAUUCGCCCUUUACGUUCGCAGACGACGGCUUUUAUUCAACGCUCAAAUCAAAGAUAGCUGAAAAACGAAAGGAAAUACCGAAGGACGUGAGAAAGAAGAGCGAUUUGAUCACCGACGUGUUACUAGUGCUAUUCCUAAUUGGAAGCCCUUUAACUUGUUGGGUUUGGACGCAGAAUCUCCUACUGGGACUUGCGUCUACUGUCGCGGUCAGCUACCUCCUAACCUGCCUUACUAUCUGCGGACACAAUUAUUUCCAUAGAACCGACAGCUGGAGGAUGUAUGUUUUUAAUAUAUGUGGAUUCUCUUAUUCGGAGUGGCGGGUGACACACGCAAUGUCACACCAUUUACAUACAAACACGGCUCAAGACAUUGAACUGGGAUUAUUAGAGCCGUUCCUUCAGUUCCUGCCGAAUCCCAAUAAACCAAUUUUGGUGCAAAUGGCUGCUUUUUACUAUCCCGUUAUUUACGCGUUCGUUAUCUUGGGAUGUUUGAUAAAGGACGUGGCAGUUAGUUUAGCGGGAUAUCGUGGGAAAAAACUGACAUGGACUAAUGUCAUCCCAUUUGCUGUACCGGUAUGGAUGUGGCUGGCCAGCGGAUCAUACUUUCCAUGGGUGAUAAGCGUAUGGCUCCUGAUGAUUAUAUUAAGUAGUGAAUUCUUCAUGAUCUUCGGGUUGACAGCUGGUCAUCAUUCUCACACGAACUUCUUCGAAGGAGAUAUACCUCGAUCAGACAAAAUCGACUGGGGCAUUCACCAGAUAGAUACGAUAGUGGAAAACAUCGACAACGCCGGAAACCACUUCAAGUCGAUAACAAGAUUCGGUGAUCACGCCCUCCACCACCUCUUCCCAACUUUGGACCACGCUGAGCUGAAGUACUUUUAUCCAACACUAUUGGAGCAUUGCGAAAAAUACGAGACCCAACUCCGCAUGACGAAUUUCUAUAACGCUCUAUUGAGUCAAAGUAAGCAACUCAUUCGCAAACGACCCAACAAUUUCAGGGAAAAGACAGCAAAGUAA